GCGAGUUGAAAUAUCGAUCGUGGACCAGUGGGAUGCUGGCCGCCCGACGUUUCGCCGAUCACGCGCUACUAUUCAGUACACUAAGUGUUUUGUUAUCCUGCCUUCUUGGCUUUUUUUAUACCUCUUGUUUGUAAAAUUACUGCCAAGGUACUAAAGGAGAGCCUAUCGCAGAGAGUACUCGCGAGUGUUUUACGUUUAUACGCAUUUGUAAACAGCGCCGAAAAUGCGGACAACAGUGCUCACAGUUUUGCUCAUGUUCGGUAUCGCUUACGGAAACGUUUUUGAAGCGAAUCCUGAUACGAAGAGGCUCUACGACGAUUUAUUGUCCAAUUAUAACAGAUUGAUACGUCCAGUUGUUAAUAAUACAGAAACAUUAACAGUUUGGUUGGGAUUGAAGCUAUCACAAUUGAUAGAAAUGAAUCUAAAGAACCAAGUGAUGACAACCAACGUCUGGGUAGAGCAGGUCAGUUAUGUAUUAGUUCGUUUCACUUUUCUUCGCAGUAGUACCGAGCGUUGUAGUCAGACAAUUAAUAAACUGAUCUCUAUUCGUUUCUUGCAGAAAUGGUUUGAUUAUAAAUUACAGUGGGAUCCACUAGAAUAUGGUGGUAUAGAUAUGUUAUAUGUACCUUCCGAGAACAUAUGGCUUCCGGAUAUCGUUCUAUACAACAACGCAGAUGGAAAUUAUGAAGUAACAUUAAUGACAAAGGCUACUUUGAAAUCCACUGGUGAGGUAUACUGGAGACCGCCAGCUAUUUAUAAAUCGUCUUGUGAGAUCAAUGUGGAAUAUUUUCCGUUUGAUGAGCAAUCAUGUAUUAUGAAAUUUGGUUCAUGGACUUACAAUGGCGCUCAGGUAGAUCUGAAGCAUAUGAAGCAGGAGUCUGGUAGCAAUUUUGUUGCGAUCGGUAUAGAUCUCACUGAUUUUUAUCUAUCAGUGGAAUGGGAUAUCUUAGAAGUUCCAGCAACACGUAACGAAGAAUAUUAUCCAUGCUGUACGGAACCUUAUUCUGAUAUCACAUUCAAUAUUACGAUGAGAAGAAAAACACUAUUUUAUACUGUCAAUCUUAUUAUCCCCUGUGUCGGUAUUACAUUUUUGACGGUGCUGGUUUUUUAUCUGCCCAGCGAUUCCGGAGAAAAAAUAUCAUUAUGCUCUUCCAUUCUCCUCUCAUUGACGGUGUUCUUCUUGCUCUUAGCAGAGAUUAUUCCGCCAACAUCGUUAGCUAUACCUUUGCUCGGGAAAUACUUAUUGUUCACCAUGAUUUUAGUUACUUUGUCCAUUUGGAUCACUGUCUGCGUUUUAAAUGUACACUUUCGAUCUCCUUCUACACAUAAUAUGUCGCCAUGGGUAAGACAAUUGUUUCUGAAUUGGAUGCCGAGAGUAUUGAUGAUGCGUCGCACACCAUAUUCUACACCAGAAUACGAUGACACUUACAUAGAUAACGCAUACACUAAUGAAAUAGAUUACAGUGUAAAUGACUAUCCUUUGGAACUAAAGGGAAGCCCAGAUGCAUUCGAAAGUGUUACUUCAACAUACAAAAGUAUUAGAGAUGAUGAUGCACGACAUGUACCGCACGCAUCAGUUACUGACAGCGAAAAUACAAUACCAAAACAUUUAUCUCCAGAUGUCAUAGCAGCUCUCAAAGGUGUGCGUUUUAUUGCUCAACAUAUAAAGGAUGCAGAUAAAGAUAACGAGGUUAUAGAAGAUUGGAAAUUCGUAGCUAUGGUUUUGGACAGAUUCUUUCUUUGGAUAUUUACGGGCUUGUGUAUCGUUGGCACACUAUAUAUAAUAGGUCAAGCACCUAGUUUGUACGAUACGCGCAUACCUGUGGACCAACAACUUUCUAGUAUAUCAUUGCGCAAACAUAUGCAGCUACCAACAAACACGACUUUUGAUGAUCAAGUACCAUAAAGUGAUUUAUGUGUAAAGAGUAAUCACAUGUUAUGUCGUGCGUAUUCCAUUAAGAUACGUUCGACAUCUUCUUUCUACUCGCAAAAAGUUAUCUAUACUUUUCCACAUGAUUCAUUCACGAAAACUAUUUUUCAAUUUCUUUAAAU